CGCGGUUUGGAAUGAAAGAGGGGCCUAGGGGGCGUACUUGACAGCCUGCUAACGGCGUGCUAAGAGCGCGAGUGCCAUGGUACGGGUUCCUGGGUAAGGUGACGAUGGGAUGGUGAGAGCCCUCUUUCCUCCCCUCGGCGCAUGGUUUGGAUACCCCUCUUUCGCUUUUAAGUAUUUUCUUCCUGCUAUUCCUCUUUCUUCUUCUUCUUUCUCUCUUGCUCACUCGGCUGCUUGUUGUCGUUCUCCUUUUUUAUCCACCAUACAAGUCUAUCACGGUAGUGGGAAGGCACACGAGAUUUGAGACAACGUCACUCACACGUUUGACUGUAUACAAAAUUCAAAUUUAUAUAUUGAUUUCUAGACACGUUGUUGAAGAGAUAUAAUCCUACUACUACCACCAACCACCGACCCACCAUCACGCCACCAUGAAAUUCUUCCGCGCCGACUUCUUCCACCGCUACACCGAGAGCACCAAAGAGCGCCCCCUCACCUCCCUCAAACGCCGCGCCCAAGCCGCCCAACGACGCCGAUGCACCAUGCAACCCGACAGACCACCACCAUCACAGUUCAUCACCCCUCCCCGUUCCCCCCCCGUCACCCCAGACGAACCACCAGAACCACCCGCCCCCGAGCCUACCACUGCACCAACACCACCACCAGCUCCCCCCCAACCCAGCGCUGAGAUAGCGUCGGAGACAGCACCCCCCACCCCACCCCCCCCGGCCGCCGCCGACGACGACCCCGACCCCUUCGACUCCACCCUCGAACCCGCCCUCGAACUCAGCGCCAGCGACCUCGCCUGCGCCGACAUCUCUAGCAAAGCCCCCGCCUCCGUCCACGAAAUCGAAGUCUCCUCGUCUCCCCAAGAAGCCUCCAAGGAGGAUGAGGAGGAGGAAAAAGCCCCUCCGGGCGCGGGUCCCAAAUGCUCCAUCUGCCAUGAGUUCACCGGGAUCCCGCGCUGUGGCGAGGAGGAGCACGAUGGGAGGGUGGAGAAAGUGGCGUCGCUGCCGUGUGGACAUCGGUUUGGACAUCUCUGUCUGCUGGCGUGGUUGGAUCAGGACCUAGGGCAGACGUGUCCGCUUUGCCGGUAUCUGCAUGUGCAUGAGGAGUGUGGGCAUUCUGUUAUCCCUGCGCUGGCGGAUGAUGCGCCGCCGUCAUAUAAGGGGCGCGGGGGCCGGUGGGAGGUCCCCAAGAAGUGUAUGUCGUGUCGGGUGGAGGGGGAGCCGGGGACGCAGAUGCUGAAGUAUCAGUGGCAGAUGGAGGAGGCGAGGGGGAUGGCGUUGGUGAGUAUGACGCAAGUGCCGAAUGAGUGGGCGGAGAGUCGGAUUCAGAGGGAGUGGGUGAGGUUGAGUGAGGAGACGAGGAGGGUGGAGGGGACGUGGAGGGAGGAGUUGGAGAGGUCGUGGUUGGGUUCGCAGAGGGGGAGGUGUGAAUGGUAG